UUUUAGUUUUUUUAAACUAUUAUUUAUUUAAUUAUUUUCAAUCUAUAAUAUAUCAUAACACUUCAAUAAUAUUGCAAUUGUUUUUGUGUCUUAUAUAUGUAUUUAUUAUUAUGAUAACCAAAAUUUAUCGUUAUUAAUAUAUUGAUCUUUAAUACUCAGCCUAAACUUUUUAUUGUAAUGAAGAUGUUUUAAUUAAAAAAAAAUUUUUUAUUCUGGUAAUGGAUCAACUAAAAUAUGAUAAUUUAACUGCACAUGUCCCAGCAGGAGCUAAAGCAAUCGUCAUCAGAGGAAGUAAUACUAAAAACACGGGGAUAUACAAUUUUGAAGAAACUAGGAGAAGGAUCUUUUGCUAAGGUAUUUCUUUCUGAAUAUAAAUCAGAAAGUGAUCCAGAUAAAAAACUAAGUUUAGCCUGUAAAAUUGUAAAUACAUCUAAAGCACCACAAGAUGUUGUACGAAAAUUUUUUCCACGAGAACUUGAUAUUUUAAUGAAACUUGAUCAUCCACAUGUUGUUCAAAUUCAUAGUAUUAUUCAAAGACGUUCGAAAUAUUAUAUUUUUAUGCAAUUUGCUGAAAGCGGUGAUCUUUUGGAAUAUAUUACAAAAAAUGGUCCAGUUGGAGAAAAUCAAGCUCGGGUUUGGUUACGUCAACUUACACUAGGUUUACAAUAUUUACAUGAAAUGGAAAUUGCACAUCGUGAUAUAAAAUGUGAAAAUGUCUUAUUGACUAUUAAUUUCAACGUUAAACUCGCAGAUUUUGGAUUCGCUCGUUUUGUGACAGAUACUCGUGGAAAACAUGUAUUGAGUGAUACUUUUUGUGGUUCAUUAUUGUACGCAGCACCGGAAAUACUGAAGGGUAUUCCUUAUAAUCCUAAAAUUGCGGAUAUUUGGUCACUUGGUGUGAUCGUGUACACAAUUUUAAACAAAGCUAUGCCUUUUGAUGAAACAAAUUUGGCUCGAUUGUACACACUGCAGACAAAUCGUCGUUGGAAAUUUCAACGAAAAGUUAUCGAUAAACUUAGUGACCAGGUUAAAAAAUUAGUAGGGAAUCUUAUUGAGCCUGAUAUCUCAAAACGUUGGCGAAUUGAAAAAAUUGUUUACUGUAGUUGGAUUGCAAUGGAACCUCAAUUAAUUUUACUCAAACCCAGAGAACAAGAGGCGCUUAACAAGGCAAUUGAUCAUCGCAAAAGUAAUGCAGAAAAAAAUUCGAAAAAACAAACGAUUAUAUAUGAGUAUGACAAAAAUGAAACAAAUGUUAAUAAAACUGUAGAUACAAUUGGAAGCAUAAAAAUUAUUAAAGAUGUCCGUGAAACUCGAUUCUUCACAUCGGUUAUGGAAAGUAAUUUAUUAAAGUUGGAAUCGAUAACUACUAAAGAGUAA